CUUUUCACAUCAUUGAGUACAUUUCAAUCCGGUAUCCAUUCUGUAUCCAUCAUGGAUGUUCCUGUAGCUGCCAAUGUGCUCGGCACUCUCGGAGCUGUGUGCUGGUCUGUUCAACUAAUCCCCCAGAUCAUAAUAAACCACCGCCGUCACAAUGCCACCGGUCUCCAACCCUCCAUGAUGAUGUUCUGGGCAUGGGCAGGUGUACCUUUGGGCGUCUACAACAUCACCUCCUCCUUCAACAUCGCCUUGCAAAUCCAACCUCAAAUCCUCUCCUUUCUGAGCUUGGCCACCUGGAUCCAAGUCUACUAUUACGAAAAGAAAUGGUCCGUGGCUCGUAGUCUCGCCGUAGUUGUUCCCAUUGCGAGCUGCAUGGCUGGGAUUGAAGUCGCUUUGAUCUUUGCGUUGCGCAUUGGAGAGGAUAAAGGUGUGCAGUGGCCGCGGACGUUGAUGGCGGUCUUGGCCGCUCUGUUUCUAGCUUUGGGUGUGCUGGCACAUUACUGGGAUAUUUGCACCCAUCGCACCGUCAGAGGUAUUUCCUUUACCUUUUGCUCCAUCGAUGCGCUGGGGGAUUUGACUUCGUUGAUUUCGGUCUUCUUUCAACCAGAGCUGGAUGUUUUGGGCAUCGUUAUCUAUGGGGUUGAGUUGGUGCUUUGGUUGGGGAUUUUCGCUUGUGGUGGGUAUUAUAAUUUGAGGCCUUGGUUGCAGGGUAAGAUGUCGGCGAGGACGCAGAGGAGGUAUGCUGUGGAUAAUGGGGCUGAGAGCACGGCGGGGGGUGUUUAUAUGCAUGAUUUGCCUUCUUCGACGUCGGCGUUUAGGACGUCUUCGGCGAGUGUCGGUGCUGUUGGGUUAAGGGAUAGACAGGUGGCUUCUCGUAUCACCAAUCACACAGCACUGCAGGAAUAG